GUUUUUAUACCUUAUUUUUCUCUCGAUUAUCCCAUCGUGAUUCUUGGUGCAAUUGCAGCUGGAGGAAAGGUUACCUCAAUCAAUUCAUCAUAUACGGCUUAUGAAAUCAUUCAUCAAUUACAAGAUUCUGGUGCAUCCGUUAUUAUUGUUAUUCCUGCAUUGCUCUCAGUCGCGAUUAACGUCGUAGCCGCAACAAAUAUUUCCGAAUCUAAUAUAUUUUUAUUUGGUGAAGAAGAGAUUAAUGGAUUUCAACCUUUCUCGUCCUUAAUGUCUAUGCAAGAAGUUAAUCCAAUAGAAUAUACCCCAGAAGAAGCAAAAUUAACUACUGCUUAUUUAUAUUAUAGUUCUAUAGUUCUGGAUUUCUCGGAUCCCUGUCCUAAAUUCGAACUAGAAACAUUUUGUCGAGUUAUUCAAGAUUAUAAAGUAAAUUUUGCACCAAUUGUUCCUCCUAUCGCUUUACUCUUGGUUAAAAAUCCCGUUGCAAAAAAAUAUGACUUAUCAAGCUUAACCGAGACAUCUUCAAUAACUCAUUUAGUUAAGGCGAAGACUGAGAGAGUUGUCAAUGGCUCGGUUGGAAUUCUUAUUCCAAACGUGGAAUGUAAAAUCGUUUCAGAGAAUGGUCAAGGUAAUCAACCAAAUUUUCAGUUAAAAACAUUUUCAGAGAAAACAAAAUUAAAAGCGAUUUUAUUAAUAGAACUCGGAUAUAAUGAACCUGGCGAAUUAUAUAUUCGUGGACCAAAUGGUUAUCUUAAUAAUAAGGAGGCUACGGACUUGUGUAUUGAUAAUGAUGGUUGGUUUCGUACUGGUGAUAUAGGAUACGCUGACCUUCAAGAAAAUUUUUUCAUUGUCGACCGCGUUAAAGAAUUAAUUAAAUACAAGGGAUACCAAGUGGCAUUUUAA